UAAGAGAAGACUUCAAACAGGACGGUUCUGUAGCCUUUUGAAAAGUUGAGUGGUGAAUGUGUAAUAGACAGGAAUCUAUCACCAUACCAAGUAUUUUUCUUUGAAACACUGCAGGGUUCACAGCAGGGAUGUCCCUGUUGUAACUUUGGACUGGAGUUUCCGUGAACAGAAGACAGACAGUUCUGAGCCAAGGGGGUGCUAUCAGCAGUAGAUAAGCUAAGUCACAGAGGUAGACACAGUUAUUCAGAUAGCGAGGUGACACACGUGGCACUCCUCUCUUGCCCUGUGUUGGAGAAGAUCUGUACUGGACGCACACAGCUGAGCAGGGGAACACGACUCUCGACAAUCUCCACUGGGACUGACCACUCAAGCUGGAGACACGGAUACACUUGGACUGCCACAGGGAAUCACUACUAGGCCAGAACUUGAGGAUAGCAAAGGGGACACACAGAAAGACACAAACAUGAAUGAGGAGAAGCCAGUGCCCAUUGAGGCUGCCCACUCUACAGUGGCUCUGUUUGAGGGUGAGAAGAAGCUGGAAGACCCGUGGGAUCUGCCUGAACUCCAUGACACUGGGGUUAAAUGGUCUGAUCUGGACAGAAACGGAAAGAUUAAGAGGGUGGCAAUUACAGUGGGGAAGUUGAUUGCUCUACCUGGUUGCCUCUACAUAUUUGUCUGCUCAUUGGAUCUCCUAAGCUCAGCAUUUCAGCUUGUUGGAGGAAAGGUAGCUGGAGAUAUUUUCCAAGAGAAUGCAGUGCUUUCUAAUCCACUGGCCGGCCUGGUUAUUGGAGUGCUGGUUACACUACUGGUCCAAAGCUCCAGCACCUCUUCCUCCAUAGUGGUCAGCAUGGUGUCAUCUGGAUUGUUGGAGGUGUCCACAGCAGUUCCUGUGAUCAUGGGCACCAACAUUGGAACAUCUGUGACUAACACUGUUGUGGCAAUGACACAGGUUGGUGACAGGAACAAGUUCCGCAGGGCUUUUGCUGGAGCCACAGUGCAUGAUUUCUUCAACUGGCUCUCUGUCCUGGUGCUGCUGCCAUUGGAAGUUGCUACUGGGUACCUGUACAGAGUCACUGGGCACUUGAUUAACGCCUUCCACUUACAAUCUGGAGAGAAUGCUCCAGAGAUUUUAAGUGUCAUCACAGACCCUCUGACUGAAUCUAUCAUAGUGCUGGAUGAAUCAGUUAUUAGUGCAAUAGCUACUGGCGACCCUGCAGCAAAGAAUAUGAGUCUUAUCAAGAUCUGGUGUGACACCUUCACAAAUACGACCCUGAAGAAUGUGACCGUGCCAAGUGAGCUGAAUUGCACAUCUCCAUUGCUCUGCUGGACAGACGGGAAUCUGACUUGGACCAUGAAAAAUGUAUCAGAGACCAUAAACAUCAAAAAAUGCCAACACCUCUUUGUGAAUACCAACAUGUCUGACCUGGCUGUGGGCUUGAUCCUGUUGGCUGUUUCGCUGCUGGUCCUCUGUUCCUGUCUCAUUGUUAUUGUCAAGCUGCUGAACUCCAUGCUAAAGGGCCAAGUGGCCGUGAUCAUCAAAAAGAUCUUAAACACAGACUUCCCAUUCCCCUUCGGAUGGGUGACGGGCUACAUCGCAAUUGUGGUUGGCGCAGGAAUGACCUUCAUCGUUCAGAGCAGCUCGGUGUUCACAUCUGCCAUCACCCCACUUGUCGGAAUCGGGGUCAUCAGUAUUGAGAGAGCAUAUCCUCUGUCACUGGGAUCAAAUAUUGGGACGACAACAACAGCCAUUUUAGCAGCUUUGGCCAGUCCUCCGGAAACACUGGGAAACUCAUUACAGAUUGCCCUUGUGCAUUUUCUGUUUAACAUCUCCGGUAUAAUACUGUGGUUCCCAAUCCCCUUCAUGCGUGUGCCGAUCCGGCUGGCCAAGGCACUUGGGGACCAGACAGCGCAGUACCGCUGGUUCGCAGGCCUCUACAUCCUCAGCUGCUUCUUCAUCAUCCCGCUGUUCAUCUUCAGCCUGUCGCUGGCCGGCUGGCAGGUGCUGGUCGGCGUGCUCGUGCCCAUCGUGGUGCUCAUCAUCUUCGCCAUCACGGUCAACGCGCUGCAGAAUCGCCGGCCCCAGUGGCUACCUAGCGGCCUGCGCUCCUGGGACUUCCUGCCACUCUGGAUGCACUCCUUGGAGCCAUGGGACCGCGUUGUCUCCUGGAUGCUAACGCACUGCUGCUGCUGUUGCAAAUGCUGUCAUCAGGAAGCGUCAGAUGAGGAGGUAGCGGUGACGGAAGAGAAGGACGGUCACCCGCUAAAGGUGUAUGACAACCCUGCGAUGAAUGGCAAGGGCGAUGCAGCAGCAACCAUGCAACCAUACAUCAUCAAGGCCACAUCUCUGUAAAAGACACACGUUGUUUGUUGCUAAUUUAUAACAUGGCCAUAAUGACUUUAUAUUGUCUAUAUCACAUAUGGUUGGUCAUACUGCAUCAUUUUCAAUGUUAAAUAGUGUUGUUAAAGUGCCUGUCUGGGUGAACUAAGCUAGAAAUACCAUUAAUGUGAAACUGAAAGAGAAGUGCCAUGGGACACUCUGAAUUAAGAGGAAUGUUGAAUACUACUGCAACAUUACAGAGUAACAUAUAUCAGUCUGAGCUGGACUUACGCCCGUAUUGUACAUCAUGUAUUUUUACACAGUUUAACAUUAGAAUGAAAUAUAAAGCACUUAAAACAU